CUAGAGAGAGGAAGAUCAUUCCACAGCCGGAUUGCCUGAAUGUUGAAGGAAUUCGACAUGAAACCUGUACGAUGUCGAGGGACAAUAAGUUGAAGGUUACGGGAGGUUCGGAGAUCGGUGCCGGGGCGCGGAGUAACAAAUUUGAAUUUGGAACGAAGGUAAUCAGGGGCUGAAGGAUUAAAUAAAAUUGAAAACAAAGUGCAGAGAAUACGCAAGGAUCGACGUUCACGAAUAGGGAGCCAGUUAAGUUUUUUGCGAUAAACGGAGAUAUGGUCGUAUUUUCGGAGUCCAAAGACAAACCUGAUACAAUUGUUAAGUAACCGAUCGAACUUGGUUAGGUAAGCUUGUGAGAGAUUGCUGUAACACACAUCAGCAUAAUCCAGGAUGGGCAGAACGAGGGCUUGGACAAGAAGAGUCUUGGUGCAGGUCGGGAGAAAAUGUUUAAACCGAUAAAGUGCUCUUAGAGUAUUGGUCACUCUACGACAAACGUCUGACACCUGAGGAUCCCAGGUCAGCCCACUAUCGAUGAUCAACCCCAGGUUCUUCACUUGCGGCACAAAAGGUAUAUCUACUUGCUCAUACUGGAUAGGGGCUAAGUACGUCGUGUCCGUCAAAGACAGCAAGCGCGCACUACCAAGUAUGAUGGCCUGACAUUUGGUGGGGUUCACUGCAAUGCCAUAACAACGUGACCAGGUAGAUAUGAAGUUAAGAUCAGCGUUCAAAUUAGCAAUAACUCGAUCCAAAUCGUCGGUGCUUGCUUGAGUGUAUAGCUGCAAGUCGUCGGCAUACAAAUGGUAAUAUUAUAUUAGAUAAUAAAUUGACCUCGCUAUUGCGGUACAGCAACAUGAUGUAAGCAGGGCGGAUAUAAAUUAUUUUCCUUUUUUCUUAUAUCUUUUCACUUUAUAGAAAGGGCCUUAAUGGAUAUAGAAACAAACCACAUUUUUUUUCUUCGACCAUUUGGACAAAGCCAUACCGCCUUGUCAUAAGUAGGAAUUUUUCUUUUCAGUAAGUUCGAUCCAGUAAACGUCUUCAGUAAAAUACUAUUCAUAAUAGGUCAAUUCCGAAAUCAAUGUCUUCAGUAGUUUUCAUUUUCGUAGUACUUUAAGUAAAAUGCGUCUCUUCCAGCUAUUUAGUCAUAUCCAUUAAGUUUUAUAUUUAUUUUCCCAAAUAGACAAAUCCUGUAAUAUUUUCGUAGCAAUGUUAAUGUUAGUUUGAAUAAUGCAUUUAUUGCAUUAAAAACUUAAAUUAGAAAUAAUAGUGUACUAUUCAUGAAACAGACCACAUAUUUUGGAGCACUUUUUUUAUUAUUUGAAUGCUGGUAAGCUUUACUGUCUAAUGUCAAUGUCAGAAAUGUCAUUAUCAAUUUGUCACAACUUUACAACAAACCAAAACUUGUUGCAACUUGUAACUUUCAGUAUAUAUUUUUUAUUUUAACGUCUAAACGAUGUGAAGUGGUAAUUUUCGUUGCCUUCUCAUUUGUCAGCAUUUCAUUAGAAGUUCCUGCCAUGGCAUGCUGUGCAUUCAACGGGCACAUAUCAGAAAUACCAAACAUAUCUGUGGACAACUUCACAAACAAAAAUGUGCAAGCAUAUUUCCUCAGCCACACCCAUACAGACCACACGCACGGCUUGUAUGAUCCCCGCGUCAUACAAACAUUGAAAACGAAUGGUGCGGUCAUGUACAUGUCGGAGAUGUCAGCUGCUAUAGUGAAGUAUGAAGUUAAAUGCAGAUUGGGAAAUUAUGAUACUGAUGAGAUCGUUAACCGAAUAAGGAUUGUAGGAAUAGGAACAAUAGAAGUAAUCUUAAAGGCGGACCCCAAGCGGCGCCAGAGACAGACCAAGCUUUAUGUGACGGCCAUACCCGCUGCACACAGUUUUGGGUCCGUCAUGUUUCUGUUCAAGACGGACCUCACUACGGUGCUCUACACAGGUGACUUCAGAAUAAGCAUAAACGACGUUCCAAAAUUCAACCAACUUCACGACAAUGGCACCCCAAUACCCAUAGACACGCUAUACGUCGACACAACUUUUUUAGACGACCGUUACAUAACGUUCCCGAAACGAAGCGUCAGUGUGGACGCAGCGUUGAAUGAGAUAGAACGAUGGCUGAAAGAGAAGGGGAGAGUCGCUAUUAAAACGUCGGCUAAGUUUGGAUAUGAGUUUGUUUUUAAUGAGAUUUUUAAAAAGUUGGGGGUUAAGGUUUUUGUGGAGGAAGUGAGAUGGAAGGAGCUUUAUAGCCAUCUCCAACACUUAGUCCCCGGUGUAACCAACGAACAAUCACCAGUCCACCUCUGCUGGCCCAAGAACCGCAAAGACCACACACAUUGCACCCCGGACCCCACCAACCAUAAGUACUUGAACAUACACCUUUCCGCCCAAAAGUGGGCCCACUAUGACUCCGAAGAUAACCCGAUAAGUAAAGUAUCGGAAAACGAGAUAGAUGUAUGCUUCAGUACGCAUUGCAGUAAGUCGGAGUUAAUGUAUUUUGUUAAUUAUUUUAUGCCAAAGAAGAUUGUAGGGUUUCCUAAUAAGUUUGGUAGUCCGGUUAAAGAUGAGAUGUUGCCGAAGAAAGCGAAGUUUGAGGAUGGGAAGUUGGAUAAAAAAGUUUUGAGAGAGAUAUUUGACAUUUGAACUUAGGAUUAAAAGAAAAAUGUUGUUACUAUUAACGAAGAAAAAGUUUUAAAUAGAGGUGUAUUGUUAAAGAAAACUUUGUAACGACGUAAAUUUACUGCCAUCUUUCGACUUCGACACAUAAUUAAAACUUUUAGAACGCUAUUUGACUUUGAUCCUUAUUCCUUCACUGAUAUGAGUUAAAUUAGUUAAAUAUCAAAAAGUGGCGCCAUCUUACCGGGCACUACCUAAAGGUUAUGGCGCCAUCGCUCGAAACGAUGCCGCCAUACCUUUGGCCUUUGAUCUAUUAGAUGGCGCCACUUUUUGAUAUUUAACAAAUUUAACACAUAUCAGUGAAAGAAUAAGGAUCCAAAUCAAUUGGCGUGCUAAAAGUUUUAGUCAUGUGUCGAAAGAUGGCAGUAAAUUUACGACGCUGCAAAGUUUUCUUUGACAACACACCUUUUUUUUUUAAUUGUCUUUGCUAUUAAUGAACUUAAUAUUUAAUUUGUUAUGUUUAUACUUAAUAUGAGAAAUGCGAUAAUACCAAAGAGAAUUUAGUAUAGAGGUGUAUUGUCAAAGUAAAUUUUGUAGUCAACUAAAUGUACUGCCAUCUUUCGACACAGGACUGAAACUAUUAGAAUGACAUAUGCCUAUUUGAUCCAUGGUCUUUCACUUAUAUGUGUUAAAUAUCAAACGGUGUCGCCAUCUACUCGAGUAUAGGCCAAAGGUAUAGCGGCAUAGCGGCAAUUUUUCGAGCGAUGGCGCUAUACCUUUGGCCUAUGCUCUAGUAGAUGGCGCCACUUUUUGAUAUUUAACAAGUUUAACACAUAUCAGUGUAAGUAUAAGGAUCAAAAUCAGAUGGCGUUCUAAAAGUUUUAAUCAUGUGUCGAAGGACUCGAAAGAUGCCAGUAAAUUUACUGUGGCUACAAAGUUUACUUUGACAAUCCACCUCUAUUUCAAAUUCUCUUAGAUAAUACGUAGGUUUAAUGAUAAGGCCUUUAAGGACUGUAAUGUUAAAGUAAGGACGCUAAGCUCAAAAAAUUUAGUACGUUGACCCGCCUGUUUCUGUCUCUAUCGCACGCACGUAAACUAUACACGGUGUAACACGAGGAAACCGAAAGAUUUUAUACUUGACGCGGCCAAUGAUGAUCCGUAUGACAGUUUCUCGAUUUCACUAUUGGAUAGACUUAAUUUGAGAAAUAAUUGAAGUAAUAGGUUUUUACCGUAUUUUAAUUACUAAAUUGUUACAUUUCUCAAUGAAAAAUGUGUUAAAGUACCAAAAAUAAAUCAAAAACAUUGACAUUGACAGUUACUCCAUACAAAAUGAACUGCCAUAGGGAUCAUCAAUGGCCGCGUCAAGUAUAACAAUGUAUUCCUGGUCACAUUUAGAGAUUAAAAUGUCAUAUAAACUUUUCUGGAUUUCGCCUAGUUUCAGAGUUAACACCUAUUAAAAAAAAACUAUUGUCUUAGUGGAAAACGCCUCUUUGAUGGCGAUGAUGCCAUUAUGGGGCGUAGUCUAAAUAUCAUUUUUGAUAGGUAGAUGUCAAAAAGUGACAAAUAACCUUUGCAAAAACCAGAUUGUACAAUAAAAAACGUAAAAAUUCAAUUUCAGUGCCAGUUUUACCAUAACAUUAACUUUUUAUGUCCAAUACAUUAAAAAAUUGAAAAAAAAAAAUCCAUAUUUACUUAAGCUCAUAUAACAUUUUUUCUUUCUUUUGGCCUCAGAAGCACGUGGUUAAAUUAUUUCUGGUUCCUCUUUACACCGUGUAUUGUUGCCCCACCCAUGAUGCCAGCGGUCAAUGCCACUGUUAUCGGGACAGCAGUAUAAUACGCGUGCUGUAAAUAUAGGAUCAGGCGAGUAAAUGUACGAAAUUCUUUGUACUUAGCGUCCUUACUUUAGUAUUUUUUUUUUAUACUAAGUCGGUGGCAAACAAGCAUACGGCCUGCCUGAUGGUAAGCAGUAUCCGUAGCCUAUGUACGCCUGCAACUCCAGAGGAAUUACAUGCGCGUUGCCGACCCUAAUCCCCUCCCACCCUCGUUGAGCUCUGGCAACCUUACUCACCGGCAGGAACACAACACGUAGUAUGUAAAAAGAUUAAAAAAAAUUGGUUUUAAAUAAAAUAUUAUCUACAUUGAAUUAUGAAAUUUAGCUUUUAUGCACAUUAAUAAAUAGUUAGCGAGUUGUUUCAUGAAAAGGCGGUUAAUAAAAAUAAGUAAUAUUCAGAAAAUUGGCCGUAUGGUGACAUUGUACACUUUGUCUAACUAACUCUAUCUUGAAAACGAUAAUUUAUUUAAAAGGUAAUUAUUUAUCAUAUAAAUAAAAAAAGGUUGUGACAUAACUCUCUGACCAGACUAAGUGUAUGGAAAAUGUCGCUUUCCAUAUUAAAAGAUACCUUAUGGUAACUGCAUAAGGUACAUUUUAUAUAAAAAUCCAUAUUUUACUAUAUAAGUAUGAACUAAUGUGUUUUGUUCGAGUUUGAACUUUAUUAUUUUAGUCAUUAAGUGCAUUUUUGUUUACUUGUUUUUUUAUAACACUAACAUUUUCUUUCAAUGGAUUUUUUUUUCAUAAUUAUGUUAUGAAGACUGUUUUACUGAAAUUUUGACUGACAUUACAAUUGUUGAAUUGUGUUAUUUUAAUUGUAUGAAUAAAAUAAAUGAUAUAUAUUUUCUA